AUGGGCAAUAACAGCACAAGGGAAUCGCGGGGUCGGGAGUCGCCUUCUUCCCAAGGGGAUCGACGGCAUGGCUUGGGCAGUCGGACGAACUCCCCAGCGGACAGACACACUCCGCCCGUCUAUGGCUCACGGGCUGCUGGAAGAGGUAGCAGGCCCGACCUCUCAGUGUUUGGUAUUGGUACGGGCUUAAACACCAGUAACAUACCGGAAAGGCGAGAAACGAAGCAGGAGAAGGAGGCCAGGAGGUUGGAGAGGGAGCGGCAGGCUAGGGUCGAGGAAAGGGAGCGGAGCAUAAGGGAGGAACAUGUCGAUGGCGGAUAUCUAGUUACGAUGGGUGUUUAUACUGGGAUCGAGGAUUUCAACAAAGCCAUCGUAAGACAGCUGAUGAUUGAACGUCGAAUUGCCCCAUUUUGGCGUGGUCUGAACGACUUCAAGGAAGAAUGGACUGAGCAUCAAUUGGUUGCAGCUGCCAGAGGUCUUCCGAUCCCUGCUGCGGAUGAGAUACCUCAAGAAGAAUCAACUAGACCCAUCUCACCCGAAUCUCCCCAUACGUCGGAUCCAAAUCUCCAGAACUUGACGGCACCUAUCUCAUCACGAUCCCAAUCAGCGUCCUCGGAAGCUUCUGCGGCUCUCUCCCCAUCGCACCCAGCAUUCUCCGAUCCUUCCAGUCCCUCCCCUUCUGCAUCUACCACUCAGUCGUCUCCUUUACGACCACGAACAAAAAUAUUAGCGUCUCUAACUACGCCCUCGAAAGGUCCCCCGUCUAUGGACAUGGUGCCAAGAGAGAUCCAGCUUCCUAAGGAACCUUCCGUCAAUGGUCAGGCCAUGGAAGCGUUCCUGUACAAGGAUGCAACGGAAUGCCCGAUUUGCUUUCUGUAUUACCCUCCGUACCUGAACAAAACCCGAUGCUGUGAUCAACCAAUAUGUUCCGAAUGUUUCGUUCAAAUCAAGAGACCAGACCCACACCCCCCAGAACAUGAGCACCCCGAUCCCUCGCGAUCGGGAGCUCCAUCUCCUGAGCCUCCCGCCGAAUCGGAAGCAUUAGUAUCAGAACCAGCAUGCUGUCCCUAUUGCCAACAGCCGGAGUUCGGUGUCACAUAUGAGCCUCCGCCAUUCAGAAGGGGUCUAGCAUACCCUAGUCCGAAUAAUGGACUUGAAGUCUUGUCUCCGGCAAUGUCAUCAUCCUCUUCCCUCAAUACGCCAGGGAGUCCACCAACACUUUCACCGGGCCCACACAAGAGACGGACAACAUCACUCUCAGCCAACGCUUCUACAGUUAUCACAACAGACAGGGUCAGGCCGGACUGGGCAACAAAGCUUGCAAAUGCCCGGUCCCAUUUGGCUCGGCGGUCUGCAGCAGCCACAGCAUUGCACACAGCUGCAUACUUGAUGGGGAAUCCUAGCGGAGACAAUCGUAGUUUUGGCUUCGCGAGCCGCAGUCGAUUUGGUAGAAAUCGUGGGGAGAAUAGUCCAGGGCCUAGUGGAUCGGCCACACCUUCUCACAAUCCCCAAGAGCCAGCAUCACAAGCGGUGACAGAACAAGCUUCCCCAGCACGGAGAGAAGGUCAUGGAGGUACAAGGAGACGAAACCGAAUGGAUGAUCUAGAGGAGAUGAUGAUGAUGGAGGCCAUCAGAUUAAGCUUGGCAGCCGAGGAGGAAAGGAAGAAGAAAUCGGAGAAAGAAGCCGCCAAGGAGGCGAAGAAGAGAGCCAAAGCAGAAAAAAAGAAAGAGAAAAUGGAAAAGAAAGGGGUAUAUGGGAGCGGAGCAAGCUCUGCGAGUGGGAGUGCGUUAAGCCUGUCACUGCCUGGGCUUGGUAGAAGGAGAGGUAACAGCACCGCAUCCAGCUUAGCGAGGGAAGUCACUCCUGAAAACGCUGAAAUUCCAGGGUCCAAGGGCAAAGCGGUAGAUCGUGGCGUCGUAGGCGCUCCAGCUACAUCAGCACCUAUUGAUUUUGCUCGAGCGGGGAGCAGUACCGUCCAGCACGGAAUCACAGGGGCGCGACAGCUUGAUAGGGGAGCUCCUGCUAAUACUCAGGAGUCGCACCAACCAUUAUCAUCUCCAACCGCCCCUGAUAGGCCCUCUCAUCUGCGCCAGAUGAGUAACGCUUCCAGCCCAGCUUCCUCUUUUAACGAAUCCAUUCCAAGUAGCCUCCGCAAUGAUCCUCAUCCCCGCGGCUCGUCAUCGACCUUGGACACUCAGAAUUCCCCUAAUGGCAACACAGUUGGUAAUAGGAGCAGUGUGCACGAAGGUGGUGAUUCAAAUGGAAGUGCAGGUUCCGAACCAAUGUUCAAUUUCCAAAGCCUGGCUGCUAUGAUCGGCAAUGAAGAUGGAGACAAGGCCGAUGCAACCAAACAUAUUGAGCAUGGUGAAAGUGGGGAGACUCCAGUAAUGGGAGCCCAGGAGGAAAAUUCAACUUCGGGAUUGGAGGACAGUACUGCUACUUUGAGAGUAGAUGGCUCCAAUACAAUGCGUAUCGUUCCUCCAGAUGUAGGGGCGGAUAGGCAAACAACGAUGCCUUGGACACCCCAAAGUACGGCGGCGCCCGAGCUAGUGAUCACUCCUGGUACACCUGCUGCGAUGAGCCAUAGAGAGGAAGAUGCGAAACAAUUAGGUGCACGGGGAAACGCGGAAAGUACAAGGGAGAUUGAGCAAUGA